GUCCCGGAGCUUCCGGGGGUCCCGGAACGCGGAGAGAGGUCCCAGGACACCGGCCCGGCCCGGGAGGCUUCUGCUCGGGUGCAGCCAUGCCCCGGGUAACGCUGAACGGCGUCGCGGUGGAUUUCCCCUUCCAGCCCUACCCCUGCCAGGAGGACUACAUGGCCAGGGUGCUGGAGUGUCUGCAGAAGAAGGUGAACGGGAUUCUGGAGAGCCCCACGGGCACAGGGAAGACUCUGUGCCUGCUCUGCUCUGCCCUGGCCUGGCGGGAACACCUCCAGGACAGGAUUUCUGCCAGGAAAAUCUCCCAGAGGCUGGGGGGGGCAGAGCUGUUCCCGAGAGGUCCCUCUCCUCCUGGACCCCCCGAUGCUGACACCCCAGCUUAUUACACCGACAUUCCCAAAAUCAUUUAUUGCCUCCAGAACUCACUCACAGCUCCACAGGUCAUUAAUGAGCUGAAGAACACAGUCUACAGGCCCAAAGGUCUGUGUGCUGGUUCCAGGGAUCAGCUCUGCAUCCAUCCUGACCGUGGAAGAGGCAGGAGAGCAACCCACAUGCAGAUCUACAUGUGCAGGGUGAAAGUGUCAGCUCGUGCUUGUCACUUCUACAACAACGUGGAAGAAAAGAGUACAGAGAAAGAACUGACUGACUCAAUCAUGGAUAUUGAAGACUUGGUUAAAAAUGGAAACAAGCACAGAACUUGUCCUUAUUAUCUGUCUCGAAGCCUGAAGCAGCAAGCAGAUAUUAUUUUUAUGCCUUACAACUAUUUACUAGACUCAAAGAGCCGCAGAGCACACAGCCUGGACCUGAAGGGGACUGUGGUGAUCCUGGAUGAAGCUCACAACGUGGUGAAGAAGCUGUGUGAGGAAUCCUCUUCCUUUGACUACCCCUAUGACUUGGCUUCAGCCCUGGAGGCUGUGGACUCAGUGCUGGAAGAAGAAGCCAAAGUGGUGCAGCAGAAUGAAAUCCAUGCUGAAUUCCACAUGGAGCUGGCCACUUCAGGGCUGAACAUGGAACUGGAAGAUAUAGCAAAGAUAAAAAAAAUUCUUCUUCAGCUGGAAAGUGCAAUUGAUGCAGUGGAGCUGCCCCCCAAUGACAGUGGAGUCACCAGAGAGGGAAGCUACAUCUUUGAUCUGUUUGCAAAGGCCCAAAUAACAUUCCAGACCAAAUCCUCUCUCUUGGAGUCACUAGAACAGAUUUUACAGUUUCUUUCAAGCCGUCCUGGGAUAUUUGUCAAUACAUCUGGAUUGCAUAAGCUCUCAGAUAUUAUCCAGACAGUGUUCAGCAUUGAUCCUCCAGAAGGCUCCACAGGUUUUGUGCCACAUCAGUCAGUAUCUAAAUUCUACAAGGUACACAUUCAUCUGGAUAACAGCAACCAGAAGAAGAAACAAAGGACAGACCUCUGGAAUUCAUCAUCUGCAAAAAGCCAAGGAAAGACCUUGAGCUAUUGGUGCUUCAGCCCUGGCCACAGCAUGCAGGAGCUGGUUCGCCAGGGAGUGAGGACAAUCAUCCUCACCAGUGGGACCCUCUCCCCCCUCUCAUCCUUCACCAUGGAAAUGCAGAUCCCUUUCCCUGUUCGCUUGGAGAAUCCUCAUGUGAUUGGGAAGCACCAGCUCUGGGUUGGGAUCAUCCCUAAAGGACCUGAUGGAACUGUGCUUACUUCUACCUAUGAAAGAAGGUUUUCAGAGGAUUAUUUAUCAUCCCUGGGGAAAACAAUUGGUAACCUGGUUCGAGUUGUACCUCAUGGACUCCUGGUGUUCUUCCCAUCAUAUCCUGUCAUGGAUAAGAGCCUGGAAUACUGGAGAGAGCACGACUUUGCUAAAAGAAUAGAAGAGGUGAAGCCAAUGUUUGUGGAGCCCCGGAACAAAGGAAGCUUUGCAGAGGUAAUGGGUGCCUACUAUGAUAAAGUUGUCUGUCCUAAGUCCAAUGGAGCUGCUUUUUUGGCAGUGUGUCGGGGCAAGGCCAGUGAGGGCUUGGACUUUGCUGACAUCAAUGGACGAGGAGUCAUCAUCACUGGGCUUCCAUUUCCUCCUCGGCUGGAGCCCAGAGUCAUGCUAAAGAUGCAGUUCCUGGAUGAAAUGAGAAAAAGUGGUGCAGGUGCACAGUACUUAUCUGGAAGGGAGUGGUACAGCCAGCAAGCUGCCCGGGCUGUCAACCAGGCCAUUGGCAGAGUCAUCCGGCACCGCCAGGACUAUGGGGCCAUCUUCCUCUGUGACCACAGGUUCACAACUGCUGAUGUCAGAGCCAAGCUGCCCUCCUGGGUCAGGCCCUAUGUCAGUGUUUAUGACAACUUUGGGCAUGCAGUCAGAAGUGUCUCCCUCUUCUUCCGUGUGGCUCAAGACAUUAUGCCCCCACCACCACCACAGUGCCCUCCUGGCUCUGCUGGUUCCCUGGAGGAAAACAACGAGGCACCAGCUACUUCAUCAGAGCAGAUCCUCUCCUUGAAAAAAGCCAAAAACUUGGAUGAUCAUGUUCCCAGUUUGAAGAGGAAAAGGAAAGCAAAUGGAGGAGGAGCAUCCAGCCUCUGCAGGGAAUAUGAGCAGGAGCUGGUCUCACCCAGAAGACAGUGUGUUGGGCUCCUGGAGGCACUGGAGCACAAUGAGAAGAGCAGUGAGGAUGCAGAGGAGGAAAAUGACUUGGCAGGAGAGGAGAAGGCACAUCGACUGUCAACACUUUCCCUUCAGUAUGAGAAGAGAUUAACAGAUGAGCAGAAAGGUGGCAGGAAGAAAAUUAAGCUCAUCAGCAAUACAGAAGCUGAGCAGAAGGCAGAGGCAGCAGAGCCAAAGAAGGCCAGGGCAAUGCUGUACAUUGCAACAGUGAAGGAGACCCUGAGCCAGCAGAACUAUGAUCUCUUCUCCAAGGCUCUGCAGCACUACAAGAAGACAGAUGACUUCCAGACUAUGUUAUCUCAAAUGAGCUCCCUUUUUAUAGAGGAUGAAAAAAAGCACAGCUUGUUACGAGGAUUUUACCAGUUUGUUCGACCUCAACAUAAAAAGCAGUUUGAUGAAGCAUGUUGCAGUCUGACUGGGCUGGGCUGUGGCUACAAACCUGAGCACAGCCUCCUGAGAGAAGAGAGAGAAAGACUUGCCAAGAAGAUAGAAGAAAACCAGAGUCAGCAGAAAAUUGCCUCCUCAGAGGACUCCUGUGCUCAGCUAAACCCUGGGCUCCACCUGAACCAUGGAGGAUUGCACUUGACAACAGGACUGACCAGUGCAGGGCAGCAUGCCAGUCGAGCUCCAAGGGAAGAUCCUGGCCAAGCCUCUAAGUGUAGGAGAGCUCAGCACCAGGGGCUCAGCACUUCUUAUCUCCAGGAUGUCAAACGGGCUCUGGACAGCAGCUCCUACGAGCGUUUCCACAAAGCCUUGCUGGCCUACAAGAGGACAGAUGACUAUGGUGCAAUGAUACCUGUGAUAGCAGCACUCACCACUGAGAGGCCAGAAGACUUCCAGCUUCUACAGAGGUUUUACAUGUUUGUGCGUCCUCAUCACAAAGAGCAGUUCAGAGAGAUGUGCAGAGGUUUGACUGGGAUGGUUUGUGGUGAGGGAGAGAAGCAAUCCCAACAGCAGGGCCAAGGUGAAAGGGGCCCCGUGCAGAGCUGCUGCACUAAAGAAGAAAACAGCCACACACAAGGUGAGGCCACUUCUAAAGGUGAGGCACCAGAGCAAAUCCAGAGAAAGAUUUCCUCCUUCUUUAACCAGAAAGGCAAACUCAAAGAGCCAAAAGCUGAAGUAUCAAAAGAAACCAGGAAUGUGAGAGCACCCACAAGCUCUGAAACUGUCCCUGUCUUUCCUCUGGAGAUGGAGCCAGAGUGUGGAAGAUUCCACUGCUCUAACUGCCAGUCAGAGGGUGAUGUGCCUUUUAAGUGUCCAUUAUGUGACUUCACUUGCUGCAAAACCUGCUGGGAGGAGUUCUUUAAGAUGGAGAAAAAGUGCCCGGGGUGCCACAGUGAGGUGAAGAAGCAGAGAUUAAUCCAAGUUUUCUUCUGGUCCUAAUGGCACUGCCUGAAAGGGGAAAUGCUUUGUGCUGCUGAGCUCUGGCUGCCAGGUGGAGUGGAAGCAGGAUGAAGGUUCAUUUAAAUAGCUCUGAUCCUUGGCACUGAAUCACACACUGUGCACUGACUUGUGGCACUUCUUCCUCCUGAUAAGUCUGGUCUCUCUUGCAGGAGACAAAGCAAAAUGUUGUUCUCUGUUGGAAGUUAAUUCCGUCUUUAUAUCAGCCUUUAGAUUCUGCUGUGGCCACUCUUAGGCUGAAGUUUUACAUCCUGGAGUCUGCAUGAAUUUGUGGGUCCUUCCAGGUCUUAUGGGAUCCUGGAAAAACCCCAGGGAGAGGACUGCAUGGGAGCUGAGUGGUGAGAUCAGGAAGCCAGAGCACCCAUCCCAACCACACUGCUGUUCCUGGAAAAACUGAUUUUCACUCCUCAGUGUCUGGCAGCAGUGCUGUCUGCAGCAGCAGAGGGUUCAGAAGGGAUGACCUGAGAAAAGCAAGUUCCAGUGAGCAGGAAUAUUCCCUGGCAUCAGCAGGAACCUUCCCUUUGCCCCUUCUGCAGCCCACAGAUUCCUCCCCUCCUGCUGGGAUCUUUUGGGUGCUGCCCAGGAGGUUUUAUUUUCCCCUCAGGUUUUGUUUUCCCCUCAGGACUGAUGCUGCCACCUGUGUUACCUGGUGUGGACUUUCCAAGAAGAAGGAACUGAUGGAUUUAAAACUUAAAAAAUAAAUCAGGUUAGAUGGCUUAGAAAAGUAAUC